AUGUCGCGAUACACUGCUGCUCACCAGUGGGACGCAUUGGCCGGCCCGGGCGAUGCGCGCCCUACCGCCGAGCAAAUCAUCAAGGACCUGGGUGCCAAAAACACUCUUGCCUCUAAGAUCAUCCUCAUCACCGGCGUGUCCUCUGGCAUCGGCGCGGCCACUGCUGCUGCAUUGGCCGCCACCGGUGCCACCAUCGUCGGCGCCGGUCGGAGCAUCCCCAAGGCCAAGGCCGCGCUGUCCGCCAUUGCCAACUACCCGCGCCUGCAUCUCCUGCAGCUGGACCUCGCAUCGAGCGCCAGCAUCAAAAAGUUUGCGUCUGACUUUCUGCAGCAAUUCCACGGGCUCAACAUCCUCAUCAACAACGCCGGCGGCAUCCUGGCCGAGCACAGCAUCAGCGAGGAUGGCGUCGAGCGCCAGUGCGCCAUGAACUACCUCGGUCAGUUCCAGCUCUUUGGCCUGCUCAAGGACGCGCUCCUGGCGUCCGCGACCGCCGGCUUCCCGAGCCGGGUCGUCAACGUCAGCAGCACCGGACACAAGCGCGCGCCCCUGCAGGACGACCUCGGCGGCUUCUUCCACGUCGGCAAGGAAGAGUACGACCCCAUGCGCGCAUACUGCCGGGCCAAGACAGCCUCGGUGUACAUGGCCGGCGAGAUUGAGCGCCGCUACGGCGCCCGCGACCUCCACGCCUGGAGCGUGCACCCGGGCGCGAUCCUCGCGUCCGCGUUCCUCGACAGCAGCGGCUUCGACCAGGCCACGGUGGACCAGCUCCUGGACCUGUGGCCGGAAAAGUACUUCAAGUCCAACGAGCAGGGCGCCGCGACGCAGGUGUGGGCGGCCGUCGGCGCCGACGUCUUGCAAAAGGACGCCCUGGGCAGGUAUCUGGAGGAUGUGUCUGUUGCCGUGCCGGCCGGGGAGACGCCUUGGCCGGAGGUUCUGGGGUACGCGGAGCACACGUACGAUGAGGGAAAAGCUGCGCGCCUGUGGGAAUUGAGUGAGGAGAAGCUGGCUCACGUAUAA